GCAGCAUCAUAUGGAAAUGCUGUUUGCAUUUUUGAACCACUUGGUAUAAAUUCUCAUAAAAGAAAUUCUCAACUAAAGUGUCAGUGGCUUAAAACUGGACAGUUCUUCCUCAGCUCUAUGACUUAUAAUCUGGCAUGGGAUCCUCAAGGUAACAGGCUGCUGACAGCAACUGACUUUUUGCAAUUGUGGGCACCUCCAGCUAGUGACAUCCUAGAAGAAGAUGAAGAUGAUGAUCCUGACAAUCAGAUCAAAGAUGAUAAAGUUCUCCCAGUUCUAAAUGACUGGAAAUGUGUCUGGCAGUGCAAGACUGCUGUAUCAGUACAUUUGAUGGCCUGGUCUCCUGACGGUGAAUACUUUGCAACCGCUGGGAAGGAUGACUGCCUCUUAAAGGUUUGGUAUCCUAUGACUGGUUGGAAAUCAUCUCUUCUGCCCCAAGAGAAUGAAGAAAAGAAAAAAUGCUCAGGGGUUGUCCACUUCUCAUUUGUAUAUUUGGCACAUCCUCGAGCUGUCACAGGAUUUUCAUGGCGUAACAUUAGCAAGUACAUGCCCAGGGGGUUGGUCUGUAAUGUGUUACUCACAUCAUGUCUUGACGGCGUCUGUCGGCUCUGGGCAGAGACGUUGUUACCAGAAGAUACCCUUCUCGGUGAGCAGAUCUGUGAAACUAGCACUUCCAGCAUUAGCAGCACCAUGUCCCAGUCUGGAAAGCAAAAGGACAAAAUACAGCAUGCACUAGAGACAAUUCACCAUUUGAAAAAUAUGAGAAAAGGACAAAGGAGAUCUUCAGUUCUUGUUACCCACACAGAUGUAUUGCCAGAUCAACAGGGCACUCAUGAAGUUCAGCGUCACAUUUCACAUCACGCGAAUGCACUUGGUCACUUCCAUAUAGCAGCAAGCAUCAACCCUAACACAGAUAUUCCAUCAGUCUUGGCUGGAACAGCUUUUAAUAUAGAUGAAGGAAAUGGAGGCUUCGUUGUUCACUGGUUGAAUAAUAAAGAAUUUAAUUUUACAUCCUCUAUUGAAGUAUUUAUGCAGCAUCUAAGAAAAAUCUCUGAACAACUAGAACAAGAUUUUGACAUUGAGGUUGAAGAGGAAGAAGAAAUGGAAGGAAAAGAGAAAGGUUUACAUAUGAAAUUAGAUCAUGACUUGUCUAUAGAUAGAGAAUCAGAGACAGGGACCGGUACAGGCUCUUCAGAACAUGAAGAUGGUGAAAGAGAGGGAAGCCCCAAAACAUCUCUGCUAGCAGGCCCACGCAUGCCUCUUCCGACAGUUUUGUUAGAUCGGAAAAUUGAGCUGCUCCUGACUGAGUGGAACAGAAACCCAGAUAUGCUUUUUACUAUCCAUCCUAUUGAUGGUACCUUUUUGGUGUGGCAUGUGAAAUAUUUAGAUGAAUACACUCCAGGCAUCUUUCGACAAGUUCAGGUUUCAUUUUCUUCUAGGAUUCCUGUUGCGUUUCCAUCAGGAGAUGCUAGUUCCCUUAGUAAAAAUAUUAUGAUGUAUGCUUGCCCAAUCUUUGUAAUAGAUAAUAGUGAUGCUGUACAUCAGAAGACAGUGGACUUUCCAGAUAACACUCUAGCAAAUAAAGGACCAAGCUUCGCCCAAGACAGUGAAAAUGUUAAUAUGAUUUCUCCCAUAGUAAUGAUGAUUUCCAAACAUAUAGAUGGCUCUCUAAAUCAGUGGGCAGUUACGUUUGCUGAUAAAUCAGCUUUCACUACGGUGCUAACUGUAUCACAUAAAUUUAGGUACUGUGGUCACCGUUUUCAUCUCAAUGAUCUAGCUUGCCAUUCUGUGUUACCGUUACUGCUAACAUCUUCCCAUCAUAAUGCCCUAUUAACUCCUGAAUCUGACAGUUCCUGGGACUCUGACAGGAUAAACAGGAUAAUGGAUCCUAUUAAACAUGCGAAAGGUUCUUCUAGGCAGCAACUUAAAAAUGCAGCAACCCGUACGUUCCAUGACCCAAAUGCAAUCUAUAGUGAGCUGAUUCUGUGGCGUGUAGACCCUAUAGGACCUUUAUCAUACACUGGAGGAGUAUCUGAACUGGCUCGAAUUAACUCUCUGCAUACCUCCGCUUUUUCUAACGUAGCCUGGCUUCCAACACUUAUUCCCAGCUAUUGCCUCGGUACAUACUGCAACUCUGCUAGUGCUUGCUUUGUUGCAUCUGAUGGCAAAAACCUGAGACUCUAUCAAGCUGUGGUAGAUGCACGAAAACUUUUAGAUGAAUUAUCUGACCCUGAAUCAUCUAAACUGAUUGGGGAAGUGUUCAACAUUGUAAGCCAACAAUCUACUGCCCGACCAGGAUGCAUUAUUGAACUUGAUGCAAUAACUAACAAAUGUGGCUCAAACACACAAUUGCUCCAUGUCUUUCAAGAAGACUUCAUUUUGGGAUACAGACCACAUAAGGAAGAUGCAGAAGGGAAGGAAACUGAGAUAUUUUUCCAGCCAUCACAAGGAUAUCGUCCACCACCUUUCUCAGAAAAGUUCUACCUUGUAGUAAUUGAAAAAGACAGUAACGGCUGCUCUCUUCUCCAGAUGUGGCAUCUUCAUCUCAAAUCUGUGCAAGCCUGUUUAGCAAAACCAACUGAAGCCACUUCAUCAGAGUAUAAGCUUAGUGUACCUGAGCAGAAGACUGUGGAUUCUUCUCCAGAUAUAUCACCUGGCAUAAGUCCCAUUCCACGAUCUUCAUCAAUUGCUAAUCUUCAGACUGCUAGUAAACUCAUUCUGAGCUCCAGGCUUGUGUAUAGUCAACCUCUGGAUCUUCCUCUUGGUGUAGAAGUAGUAAGAGCAACUCCUUCAGCGGGUCACCUGAGUUCUUCAUCAAUAUACCCAGUCUGCCUUGCACCUUAUUUGAUAGUAACAUCAUGUUCAGACAACAGAGUGCGCUUUUGGAGAUGUACUGUAGAGACAGACGAAAACAGCAAAAACGAAGAAAGGGAAACAUAUCAUUGGAGAAAAUGGCCUUUAAUGAAUGAUGAAGGAGGAGACAACAGCAGUACCGUGAGCAUAGUAGGAAGGCCAGUUGCUGUUAGCUGUUCUUACACAGGCCGUCUUGCAGUAGCGUACAAACAACUCAUACAGCAUAACGGUUUUGUUUCCAAAGAAUUUUCCAUGCAUGUUUGUAUACUUGAGUGUGAGUCAACAGGAGGAUCAGAAUGGGUUUUGGAACAGACUAUUCAUCUGGAUGAUUUAGUUAAGGUUGGAAGCGUACUUGAUUCAAGGGUCAGUGUAGAUAGUAAUUUAUUUGUUUACAGUAAAUCAGAUGCUUUUUUGAAUAAAGACAAAUACCUGGUGCCUAGUAUCAAGCAUUUGGUGCAUUUGGACUGGGUAUCAAAAGAAGAUGGUUCACAUAUCUUGACAGUUGGAGUUGGUGCCAACAUCUUCAUGUAUGGAAGGCUUUCAGGAAUUGUAACAGAUCAAACAAGCAGCAAAGAGGGAGUAGCUGUCAUUACGUUACCACUAGGUGGCAGCAUAAAACAAGGUAUAAAGUCAAAGUGGGUGUUGCUUAGAUCAAUUGAUUUGGUAUCCUCUGUAGACGGCACUCCUUCCCUGCCUGUUUCUCUGUCCUGGGUGAGAGAUGGCAUACUGGUAGUGGGAAUGGACUGUGAAAUGCAUGUUUAUGCCCAGUGGAAACACGCUGUCAAGUUUGGUGAUGGAGAAAGUGAUGUAUUUACUACUGAAGAUGCAACAACACAAGAUCCACUCAAAACAAGCUUGAUAGCGAAGAAGACCAGUGUAAUUGAUGGAGCAGGCAUUGUGGAUGAUGUUUUUGGCACUCCAACUGUAAUUCAGGAUGGUGGCCUUUUUGAAGCUGCUCAUGUUCUUUCACCUACUCUACCCCAGUAUCAUCCAACCCAGCUAUUAGAACUUAUGGAUCUGGGUAAAGUUCGCCGAGCCAAAGCCAUUCUAUCUCAUUUAGUUAAAUGCAUUGCAGGAGAAGUUGCAAUAGUUAAAGACACAGAAGCUGGAGAAGGAACUGGUCCUAAACGCCAUCUUUCUCGCACCAUUAGUGUAAGUGGUAGUACUGCAAAGGAUACCAUCACAGCUGGAAAAGAUGGUACUCGAGACUACACAGAGAUAGACUCAAUUCCCCCACUGCCACUGUAUGCACUGCUUGCUGCAGAUCAGGAUGCCACUUACGUUUCUGAAGAAACCUCUAAAAUACCUCAGGGCUCUGAAGAUCAUGCUAAGAGAAAAACAGAGGAUCAGUACUCAGAUCUAUUCCAGAUUCAGCCUGUUACAACUGAAGACUUUAUUGAUUUUGAGCCUGAAAAGAGGGAGAAUAAAUCCAAAGUUAUUAAUCUGUCACAGUAUGGUCCAACUUACUUUGGCCGAGAACAUGCUAGUGUCCUUUCAAGCCACCUGAUGCACUCAAGUCUGCCAGGCCUCACUCGACUGGAGCAGAUGUUCCUUGUAGCUUUGGCAGACACUGUGGCCACGACAAGCACUGAACUGGAUGAGAACAGAGACAAGAAUUACUCAGGAAGAGAUACCUUAGAUGAAUGUGGCUUACGAUAUUUGUUGGCUAUGCGCUUGCACACUUGCCUUCUGACAUCACUCCCACCUCUGUAUAGAGUUCAGCUGCUUCACCAAGGCCUGUCUACAUGCCAUUUCGCAUGGGCUUUUCAUUCAGAGGCAGAGGAGGAGUUGAUAAAUAUGAUUCCUGCUAUCCAGAAGGGAGACCCGCAGUGGUCUGAGUUAAGAGCUAUGGGUAUUGGUUGGUGGGUCAGGAACAUCAACACGCUCCGAAGGUGCAUUGAGAAGGUUGCAAAAGCUUCAUUCCAGAGGAACAAUGAUGCCUUAGAUGCUGCACUUUUUUACCUUGCUAUGAAGAAAAAGGCAGUGGUGUGGGGUCUGUUUAGGUCCCAGCAUGACGAAAAGAUGACUGCCUUUUUCAGCCACAACUUCAGUGAAGAUAGAUGGCGCAAAGCUGCUUUAAAAAAUGCUUUUGCUUUGUUGGGAAAACAACGCUUUGAACAAUCAGCUGCGUUUUUCUUGCUAGCAGGUUCACUGAAAGAUGCUAUAGAGGUGUGCCUUGAGAAAAUGGAAGACAUCCAGCUGGCUAUGGUUAUUGCUCGUUUAUAUGAAUCGGAGUUUGAAACCUCUGUCACAUACACCUCCAUUCUCUAUGAAAAGAUUUUGGGUUGCAAUAAGGAUGGAGCUGGGUUCAGCUGUACUAGAUUACAUUCUGAUCCAUUUCUGCGAAGCAUUGCAUACUGGAUAGUGAAAGAUUACACUAGAGCACUGGACACGUUAUUGGAACAAACACCUAAAGAUGAUGAUGAAAACCCAGUUAUUGUCAAGUCAUGCAAUCCUGUGGUGUUCAGUUUUUACAAUUACCUUCGGACUCACCCUUUGCUCAUCCGAAGAUACUUCAGUUCACCAGAAGGGACUUUGGCCACCUUAGGUCUAAAAACUGAGAAAAGCUUUGUUGAUAAAAUUAAUCUUAUAGAAAGAAAAUUAUUCUUCACUACUGCAAACGCUCAUUUUAAAGUCGGCUGCCCUGUACUAGCUCUUGAAGUCCUUUCCAAAAUUCCAAAAGUAAGAAAAAAGUCUACUGUAGCUGCAGAGAAAGAGUCGUCUAGUCCUCCAACAGAGGCUGGUGUUUCAGAUUCCAGAGGCCCAGGGGAUGGUGCUGGAAGUGGUGAUAUAGACUGGUCAAAGCCAAUUUCAACUUCUUUAGCUUUGGAAAAUACUUUUGAAUCUUCAGCACAAUUUGACUGGAGUCAGCCAGCAGUAAAAUUUGAUGAUGAGCCCCUUACUCUUGACUGGGGUGAAGACAAAAAUGAGUCAGACGAAGAGGACAAGGAUGUUGGUAUCAUGAUGAAAGAUGCAAAAUCUGAUUCUAAAAGUGGAGAAAAUGAUGAGAGAACCUUAGACAGCAACAUUCCACAAACACCAGAGAUUUCUGAUUCAGGAGAGACUGAGGUUGAUGUUAUUGCUGAACAACUGAAGUUCAGAGCCUGUUUGAAGAUCCUGAUGACCGAACUGCGGACUUUGGCUACAGGUUAUGAAGUAGAUGGAGGAAAGCUCAGAUUUCAGCUGUACAAUUGGCUUGAAAAAGAGAUUGCUGCUAUGCAUGAAAUAUGCAACCAUGAUGCAGGGGGCAAAGACUAUUGUAAAACAUAUACCAAAGUAAGUGGGGAUCUACUUGAUCACGAUGAUAUUACGGACAAGCCAGACAUUGGUUCAUAUGAACGGCACCAGAUAGAAAGACGUAGGUUACAAGCAAAACGAGAGCAUGCUGAGAGACGAAAGUGGUGGCUGCAGAAGAACCAAGCCCUUCUAAGAGUUUUUCUAAGUUACUGUAGUCUUCAUGGGGCGCAAGGUGGUGGUUUAGCAUCUGUGAGAAUGGAGCUGAAGUUCUUGCUGCAAGAGUCACAGCAGGAAACUACUGUAAAACAACUUCAGUCUCCACUUCCAUUACCUACAACACUACCGUUGCUUUCUGCAAGUAUAGCAUCCACAAAAACUGUGAUAGCUAAUCCUGUGCUGUAUUUAAACAACCACAUCCAUGAUAUUCUCUACACUAUUGUGCAGAUGAAAUCACCACCACAUCCUAAUAUUGAAGAUGUUAAGGUGUACACACUUCAUUCUUUAGCAGCUUCACUUUCUGCAUCCAUUUAUCAAGCAUUAUGUGACAGCCAUAGCUACAGCAGUCAAACAGAAGCAAAUCAGUUUACAGGGAUGGUUUAUCAAGGACUGCUUUUGAGUGAUCGACGCAGACUGAGGACAGAGAGUAUUGAAGAGCAUGCAACUCCAAAUUCAUCUCCUGCUCAAUGGCCUGGUGUGAGUUCACUUAUAAAUCUCUUAAGUUCAGCUCAGGAUGAAGAUCAACCAAAGUUAAACAUCCUACUUUGUGAAGCUGUUGUAGCUGUCUACCUAAGUCUCCUUAUACACGCCCUUGCAACAAAUUCAUGCAAUGAAUUAUUUCGACUAGCAGCCCAUCCUUUGAACAGUCGAAUGUGGGCUGCUGUGUUUGGUGGAGGAGUGAAACUUCUUGUAAAACCUCGAAGGCAGUCAGAAAAUAUUCCAGCACCACCUCUUCCAUCAGAAGAAAUGGAUAAACAUCGCCGUCGGUUUAAUAUGCGAAUGCUUGUGCCGGGAAGACCGGUGAAAGAUAGCACGGUACCGCCCCCUGUACCUGCAGAGCGACCCUCUUACAAAGAAAAGUUUAUCCCUCCAGAGCUCAGCAUGUGGGAUUACUUUAUGGCAAAGCCAUUUCUUCCUUUAUCAGACAGCGGUGUUAUAUACGAUUCUGAUGAAAGCAUUCACAGUGAUGAGGAAGAGGAUGAUGCAUUCCUUUCUGAUGUACAGAUCCAGGAACACAAAGAUGCCAAUUCUUACAGCUGGGCUCUUCUGCAUCUGACAAUGGUAAAAUUAGUUCUCCACAAUGUUAAGAACUUCUUUCCUAUUGCUGGGCUGGAAUUCACUGAUCUACCUGUAACAUCACCACUGGGCAUUGCUGUAAUAAAAAAUUUGGAACACUGGGAACAGAUUCUUCAAGACAGAAUGGACCAGUUUGAAGGCCCACCACCAAACUACAUCAAUACUUAUCCUAGUGACAUUGGUGUAGGUGCAGGACCAGCUAUUCUCCGUAAUAAAGCAAUGAUUGAACCUGAAAACACACCAUUCAAAUCAAAGGAUUACUCAGCUCUUCCAGCAAAAAGGCUCUGGCAUUUUCUUGUGAAGCAAGAACUUCUUCAGGAGACUUUCAUAAGAUAUAUAUUCACAAAGAAAAGAAAGCAAAGUGAGUCUGUAGAAGAUCGUGUGGAGCAGGUCAAACAAAACUGCGUAGCAGAAGAUCACAAAAACAAGGUUGAAGCAGAUCUUGGUUACCCUGGAGGAAAAGCAAAAAUCAUUCACAAAGAAUCAGAUAUGAUAAUGGCAUUUGCAGUUAAUAAGGCAAACAGCAACGAAAUUGUAUUGGCAUCUACACAUGAUGUUCAAGAACUUGAUAUCUCAGCUCUGCUGGCUGCUCAGUCAUUUAUAUGGAUUGGAGAAGAAUAUGACAGAGAAUCUAAAAGCUCUGAUGAUAUUGACUUCCGUGGUUCUACCACAACCUUAACUCAGACAACUGCACCAUCUUUUGGAGUGAAUCAGAUACAACCAUCCCCAUCUAUGCCGUGGUUAGGCAGUGGUCAAACUAGCACUGGAGCUGGCGUGCUUAUUAAAAGAAAUCUGAAUAACGUCAAGAGAAUGGCUUCACAUCCAGUCCAUCAGUAUUAUCUUACAGGAGCACAAGACGGUAGUGUUCGAAUGUUUGAGUGGACAAGGCCACAGCAACUGGUAUGCUUCCAGCAGGCUGGGAAUGCCAGGGUUACAAGAAUGUAUUUCAAUUCCCAGGGCAACAAGUGUGGUGUUGCUGAUGGUGAAGGAUUUCUAAGUAUUUGGCAAGUUAACCAAACCACUUCAAAUCCUAAGCCCUAUCUGAGUUGGCAGUGCCACAGUAAAACCACCAGUGACUUUGCAUUUAUAACCUCUUCAAGUCUAGUUGCUACAUCGGGACAGUCCAAUGAUAACAGAAACGUGUGCCUCUGGGACACUCUGGUUUCAUCUGGUAACAGUCUUAUACAUGGCUUCACUUGUCACGAUCACGGUGCCACAGUACUUCAGUACGCACCUAAACAUCAACUGCUGAUUUCUGGAGGUAGGAAGGGAUACAUCUGCAUCUUUGACAUCCGACAGAGGCAAAUCCUUUACACCUUUCAAGCACAUGAAUCGGCCAUUAAGGCCCUGGCACUGGAUCCUUCUGAAGACUAUUUUGUUACAGGCUCAGCAGAAGGUAACAUGAAGGUGUGGAGACUGACUGGCUAUAAUUUAAUUCAUUCAUUUAAAAAUGAACAUGCUAAGCAGUCCAUUUUCAGAAAUAUUGGUGCUGGUGUCACCCAGAUUGAAAUUGUGGAAAGCAACCGUAUCUUCUCCUGUGGAGCAGAUGGCACGCUGAAAAUGAGGGUUCUUCCCAACGCUUUCAAUGUACCUUCAGGCAUUUUUGACAUUCUGUAGCGUUACGUGAGCUAAUCCUGUUUUUAUAUA